CCGGCUACGCUCCGCCACGCGCCUCUACACGAGGUGUAUCAAGAACUCGCCUCGUAGCGGUCAGUCUACGCUUAGCGCUCGCGCGUACGACACGUGUCGCGCUGUACUACGGAAACUUUGUGAGUUCACGCGAUCUCGUUCUAAACUUUAGUGAGUUCGAUUAUAAAUUGGUUGGUUCGAUUCUUAAUUUGCGAAUGGAGUUUGCGGUGUCUACAGAGUCGGGCCUGCUGUAACUGAAGCUAUCGAGGUUAACAAUCUGUGAUAAUCUCUAGUGGAAGAGACGGAUACACGUUCGGUUCCUGAUAUAUAUAAUACUUAUAUGAACAAGGAGCAACGAUCGUUUUCUAUAAAAAUUGCUCCAGCAAAGGAUAAGCAAGCCGAAGUGGCAAUGGCCUGGUCACAUAGCUCGAUGAAUCGACAACCGACGGGGAAGAAAGGUUCUUGAGUGACGACCACUUGCUGAUAUGGUAACACUUCAAGCGGAAUUUAUUUACAGAUACCCUGCUGAUGUCUUGGAGAAAAAGUUAUGCAAAUAACUAUUUACAGACAAUGUAAACGUCGUUUCUGUCUUGAAAUCUUUCCUUCUUCAAGAAAACAUAUUUCUACAACAAUGGACUUAGAAGAGGUGGAAUUGUACGAAAAUAGCAACUCCACUUACUACUUGAAUGGAACAUACAAUGGCACAUUCGAGAACUGUCCGAACAAUAACCUGCCCAUCGUGUACAUUGUUACACAGGUGCUAUACGCCCUGGUGUGCGUCGUGGGACUACUUGGCAAUACACUGGUCAUUUAUGUCGUACUCCGAUACUCAAAAAUGCAAACUGUAACAAACAUGUACAUAGUGAACCUUGCAAUCGCAGACGAAUGCUUCUUGAUUGGCAUACCGUUCUUAAUCAUCACGAUGUCUCUUCGCUCGUGGCCGUUUGGUCGCUUCAUGUGCAAAGCUUACAUGAUAUCAACAGGCAUAAAUCAAUUCACCAGCAGCAUAUUUCUUUGUAUAAUGAGUGCUGACAGAUACAUAGCUGUGUGUCAUCCGAUAGCGGCACCUCAAUUGCGGACGCCAUUUGUCUCACGCGUCGUAUCUGCCGCAGCAUGGACCGCUUCCGCUCUCGUUAUGACACCGAUAUUCAUGUACACCACAUUAAUACCAACAGAAAAUGGAUUAUCGUGUAAUAUUGUAUGGCCAGAAAAAGAAUCAAGUAAAGGGCAAACCACUUUUACAUUAUAUUCCUUCGCGUUAGGGUUUGCCGUUCCAUUGGCUCUUAUCUUCGUUUUUUACUGUCUCGUCAUUCGUAAACUGAAAACUGUGGGACCAAAGAAUAAGUCGAAAGAAAAAAAAAGAUCUCAUAGAAAAGUGACCAAGCUCGUGCUGACUGUGAUCGCUGUAUAUGUCUUAUGCUGGUUGCCAUACUGGGCCUUCCAGGUGUCACUCAUAUACUCUCCGCCUACCGAGUGCGCUAGUCGAAUUACAAUAACGGUCUUCCUGGUAGCAGCCUGUUUCAGCUAUAGUAAUUCGGCAAUGAACCCUAUUCUUUACGCUUUUCUGUCUGAUAAUUUUAAGAAGAGUUUUUUGAAAGCGUGCACAUGCGCUGCAGGCAAAGAUGUUAACGCUGCUCUUCACGUGGAAAACAGCGUUAUACCACGGAAAAGGGGCGGAGGGGCUGCACGAGCUCAAGCCAGAGCCACAGCGGAGAAAGGAGGUUUAUCCGUAGCAAAUUGUGGCGUUGCAGGUGGGUCGCGAUCAGAGGCUUCGACUGCGAUGACGUCAAGGUCGAUAGCAGCAAGUGAGGCUCUGCCACUUGAAGCUCGUCCGGCGACCCUCGCCCCCCUCAUAGCGUCAAAUGGCUUGUCUCAUUCACGACUCUGAGUGGAGGCUUCGGGCCCUGGUUGCGAGCCCUCCAGCAUGUUGCUGGAAGAAGAUACUCUUAUAGUGUCUAUUGAUUAAGACUGUCCAAAUACAGAUUAGGUAGCGUGGCUGACAGCUGAAUGAGACACGAGCCCUGUCUCGCUCGAGCUGUCGGAGGUGUAUCGUUGACUCGUAAAUACCCGUUAAGCUCUAAACGAUAAAUUAUUUCUGGUACGAAAUUAGCAGUAAUUUUAACGUUUGUCAUGUUCUGUACAAAAUUUAUAAAAUAUAUGGUUAAUUCGGUCUAGGGUUGUAACAAUGAAUUUAUUAAAAUAUAAUUUUGUAUCGCUUAGCGACUGUAAGUUAACUGUAAGUUUACUGUUUGUAUACCAGUAAUUAUUGUGUAAAAAUGUACAUAUCGUGUAAAUAUUCAUACAAAUUGUCAUGAUGUCGCAGUUGUAAUAAAACGUUCGUGAAAUGUG